UUGUAGUUUUUGACGUUCUUGAAAUAUUUACAACCAAAUCUUGGAUUUUGGACAACAUUUCUUAAUCAAAUGAUCUAUUAUUAGCUAAAAAAGCCUUACUGACAUGAAUAAGCAUCAUGAGUGAGGUCGUAUCUGACAACGAUCGUGUAACUGAGGCUAUAAAAUUUUUGAUCGAACAAGAAGAGCCAACGAAAAGAAUAAAAAACAACUCGAAGACGUUUCUUGCAGUAGAAACCUUAGAAAGUCAUUCCGGUAAAAAUGGACUUAUAGAAGCACAAAUUAUACAACUUAUUGAUGUUGCUUGUUCAGGAAAAUACGCUGAUGGUGUUGCUAGCAAAGUUGUCAAGUCACUGAUCCCUAGGGAAUCUGUACCAGUUUUAGCUAUUGUAAAAACUGUUUCAUGGAUUAGUACCAAUACGCUCUCCUCUUCUCUUCAGGCAUUACUACUGCGAUGGAUAAUAGUGAUUUAUAAGCUCAUUGAUGACAUAUCUCAACUGCAUUCACUUUAUGGCAUCAUCUUUCUGUUUCUGGAGAGUGAUAUUUUGUGUCCUCAUGCUUGUCUUCUGUUAUCCAACCUAACAAGGCAAGAAAAUGUUAAGCGCUUCAGGAUUAAGAAGCUACUAAAUCUACAGACCCGUGUGGGAUCCCAACCACAUCUAAAUGAUCUUCUCUCAAUCUACAAAAUGUUUUGUCCCAACUUGGUAUCCAUGGCAACCUCAUCCAAAUCAGUUUGGUUCAAGGAGAAAGAUAGAUCAUGGAGAGAAGCCAUUUACAAAGUGCAGGUGCAAAAGGGAUGUUUGAACAUAGUGCAUUGUGGUAUAGCUUGGGCAAAAAGGAAUUCACAACUGGCAAUUGAAAAGAUUUUCUUACAAGCAAGAGAAACAAAAGAUAAGGAAUUAAGAAGGAAGAGAUUAGGAGGAAUAAUAAUUCCACCACCAAGUAAAGUUAGUCGAUUAACAAAUAUGACAAGCAGAAAGGAAGAAGAAGAUGAUGAAAAAGUUGCUCUUCUUCAGCUGCAUGACUUCAGUGAUCUACUCGAAAACAUAGAUAAAAUCGAGCUUCCAAGCCAAAUAGCAUCUGUUCUUGAGUCGCCGUUUCUUCAACAUGUGGUCUGUUGUAACCCAGAUGACGUGACACUACAAAGACUCAAUUUUUGGCUUAAUCAGUCAUUAUAUCAAGAAUUUCUACAAGGCGAAGACUGCAAGCCAGAUUCAUCCAAUACUAGACUGCUUAAGACUUUGAUUCAGUUUACAAGUUUUCUUCAGGAAUCUAUCCCUGCCGUUGAAGUAUGGCUUGUUCAGUACUUAUUCAGUUGGAAUGGAGAGGACCUACGAACAUUGAUUCUCAAACUAAUCCCAUACUUUAGGCUUCUUCCAUUUUCAAAAUUAAAUGAUCUGGUGCUGGAGCCUUUGAGGAAGUUGUUUUUUUCGUCAUCUGUUUUCGUCAAGUGCCAAAUCAUGUACUGCUUCACAAACCUCUUAAGAAAUUUUGCUGCAGUCGAACUUCCAAGAUACCAAGAUCUACAACGAGCUACUCCCAACUCAAGCAGAACUAAUAUGACAAGUAUCUCAAUAUUUGCUGAGGAGGAGUUAACUUCGUUUGAUCCUUUUGAAACAAUAUACGACUUUAUUCGGUUUGUAGACCGAUUAUGCGUCAUGGGCUUACAGAAAGAGCAAGACCAUCCAUUGUUGCAACAUUGUGUUUUGGACUUCUUUGAGUUGGCCUCAGUCUUGCACACGGAAUUCCAGGUUCCAUUCGUCGUUGUUCCUUCUGCUGGGUUCGUCUAUCGACUGUUUUUCGCAGACAAUGCCAUGGCAUGUUCUCGUCUCUGUCAGAUCAUCGUCAAGUCACAUUCUGAUAACCUUGAGCUUCGACACACGAACGAAGCCUUCUCCUUGCACCAUCAUCAGGCUCUCGUUGGCUUUGCUUGGACAUUUCUGAAGGAAACACAGCCUGAGGACGUCGCGCUCAAUCCGAGUCUUAUCAAGGAUCGAGUAAGAAAAGCUUAUUUGAAAUUUCUACAACAGCUUGGAAUUCUGGGAGUCGUAAGGUUUUUAGAAACAUUCAUUCGUCAAAAGUCAUAAAGAUAAAUACAUUUUUGUAAUCUUGAACU